AUGGAGGUCUCAUUUAAAAAUUUAUGUCCUAUUCAUAAAAGAGAAAUCGUAUUAUUUAAUUCGAAAGAAAAUGAUCAUACAAAGAGGUAUCAAUGCCUCUAAUGUUUCUCUGAAAUUAAUAAAUAAUUCCAAUUAAUUCCUGAAAUUACUGGGAUUUCUGAAAAUUCGUAAAUGAUACAACGCGAUCAAGGGGAAUAUUGCUUAAAUACUGCUUAGAAUGAUCAAAAAUGGCUAUUUUUAGCUAGUUCCUAAAAUCAUAAAUGUAUGGUCCAUAGUUAAAAUUCUAUAAUUGUGAGCAAAAAUAAUUCUAACAUCAAGAAGGAACUAUGUCUUAAUUGCAUAGUGGAGCAAGAAGAAGGGUAUUGUUAGAUUUAAGAUCUGAUAAAUUAUUUAAACAAUAAGAAAAGGAUAAUACUUGAUAAUGCUUUAGAAAUUUAAGAAUACAAUAUAAAUAUUUUAAAAGAAUUAAAAGACUUGUUAUUAAAUUAUAAAAUUCAGAUAUAAUAAAAUAUUAAUAAAUUCUUUGAGAACCUUGAAUAACAUGUCACUUUGAUUGGUAAUUCCUAUAUAUAUCAAUCUGAGUUUAUAAAGGGCAUUUCAUGCGAUAAUAUUGAUUUGAUGAUUAAAUAAUUAAGUAAAACCCAGGAAAUUCAAACUAAUUUUAUAGAUAUAAAAGAAAAUAUUACUAGUAGCAUAUAGAAGUUGUAAGCAAUGAAAGAAAUCUAAGAUUUAUAUGAAUGUUUAAACAAAUUAUGUCUAUAAAAUAGAGGUAACAUAUUUGAAUUUCUAAAUUAAUUUAAAAAUGAUGGGAAGGUUUAACUGAAAAUACCUUAAAUAAAUUGCAAGAAUGUUAAUUCUUAUUUUCAAAAGGAUUGGUGUGAUACAAUUGAAUUUGAUUAGAGUUCUACUAGAGUGAUUCACGGUAGUUAUACUCAUAUUAAAUAUUGUUAAUUUAAAAAAGGGGAAAUCAAAUUCAUUAAGAGUAUUCAUGGACAUGAAUGGAUGGUAACAUGUUUAAAGUUUAUGUAAAAAUCCGAUACUUUUUUCUCAGGCGGAAGAGAUAGUAAAAUUAAACUAUGGUCUAAUAUAGCAAUGAACAACAAAUAUUUAGGAGUUUUGGCUGGCCAUUCAUAAAUGAUAAACUGUAUUAUUACAAAUUAAGAUGAAAGUUAACUUAUUUCCAGUAGUGAUGAUUCACAAAUAAAAGUUUGGUCUAAACUUCACAAUUGGAAAUGUAUUUAAACUAUCAGUAAUCAUAAAAGUUCUACUUACGGUUUAAGUCUAAGUGAAUCAGGUAGAAUAAUGAUUUCAUGUGGAAAGGAUGGAGUAAUUUUGGUGUUGCAUUAAGAAGAUUAAGGAUAAAUAUGGAAAGUUGUAUAGACAAUUAAGGAAGAAUGGGGAAGAAGAAUAAGUUUUAUUGGUGAUAAUCGUUUCACCUUCUAAUCUUAUUGCAAAGACUCUAUGUGCAUUUUUGAUUUAAAUUAAGGUACUGGAUAAUUCAUUAAGAUAAAAGAAAUUAAUGUAGCAGGAGGAAAACAAUGCAGUUAGUUCUUUAAUUAAUAAUAUGUUAAAUCAAAAUCAUUAUUAUUGAAUAAAAAUUGUAUGCAACUGAAUAUUAUGAUCAUAAAGGAGCAAGGAGAUUGUCAUAAAGUGUAAGCUUUAUCAUUUAUUACUCACUUCGUUUAUGGGAUCAUUAGUAAUGAUGGUGAAUAUCUAAUUACUUGGAAUUAAGGUUUAUGCGAGAUAACAAUAUGGAAAUUAGAUUACUUAGAUUGA